AUGUACACACACGCUUCGACUGUCUUCAUGAACUCCCGCUCCGAGAGCCGCGACGUCGAUGUGCCGGUGCACGGCCAGCCCCGUCAUGCGACUCCCGUAGAUCCCAGCGGGGAGCCGUGGGCGCUGGUGGUCACGGAAGAAGCCCAGCACGCGGCACUGGAUCAUACCCUUGGCGUCGGCGGCUUCGCAGUAGUCGCCGAUCAGGAUAUCGUUGCAGGAGUCGGCGAUGGCGCGCGCGAGCCCUUCGUCGCAGUUGCCGGCGCCGCAGGCGAUGACGCCGUAGUAUUUCGCAUCGGUGCACAUCUUGAUCUGCUCAGCGGUUGGGUACAGCUGGUGGAACAUGAGUUUAUUCCCGUCCACCCCGGGAUUGGGCUUGCGGUCCGGGGCCUUGAUUUCGGGGAUAAGGUGGAUGGUGUCAUGGCCUUGGCACGUGUCGGUGGAAAACUCGAUCUCGGUGUUGGCUGCGAUCAAUUCGUGCACCGCGGCGGUGAGUUUGUCUGCUGUGAAGAGAUCGCUGGUCCACUCGUCCGGGCGAUCUAG